UCAAACGGCCCCAGCGCUAUCGGAAUCGACAUCUUCUGGCGGAGUGGAAAAUUGUUGUUGAUAGUGCAUAGAAGUCCUCGUUAUUUCAUCACACAAACUCAACAAAAAAUGAUCGAACAACAGAAGCAGCGGAUCGAAAUGGAGAUCACCAAACAGCUGGACGAUCUCGACCGCAAUGUGCUGCGGAAAAUGCAAGCCGAUAUGCACGAUUGUGCUGCCCGAUGCUGUAAGGAUUCCGUUUCCUCCAUGGACACGGUGCAGCAGUGCGUCGAGCGUUGCUCUGUCCCUGCCCAGCGAGCCCAGCAGCACGUGGAAACCGAGAUCAACUCGUUCAACAGUCGCCUGCAGCGUUGUGUAAUGGAUUGCAAUGAUACGAUUAAGGACAAGAUGGGACCCAAUCCGUCCGAGGGCGAUAUUGCUAAGUAUACUGCCGAGUUUGAACGGUGUGCGAUUAAAUGCGUCGACAAGCAUGUUGCCAUCUUGCCAAAUAUGUUCGCGAGCAUGCGAAAGGUUCUGCAGAGCAGAUCAUCAUCGUAGAGAACGGGAGGCAUCUAGAAAGGGAAGAAUCUGUAGCUACACCCAACUGCAGUAGAUUACAAUUGUGCAUUUAAACGGUAAAGCAGCUGGGUCGCUCGGGGUAGCUGUAUUGGAUAGCAUUUGUACAGAGAACAAAGUGUAUGGAUGAUAUAAAGUGCAAAGACUGUA